AUGAACGUUGAUUCUCCUGACCCGAAGAAAAUCCUUCCCGAAGAUCUUGUUGGAGUUACGGUUGUUCUAAUACAAGCCCUUUAUCACGAACAAGAGUUUAUUCGCAUAGGAUACUAUGUUAAUAACGAAUAUAGGUCCGAAGAGCUUCGAAAUGAACCACCUGCGGAACCUUUGCUUGAUGAAUUAGAACGCACGAUCAUUGCAUCAGACCCUCGAGUUACCAGAUUUCCUAUUGAUUGGGGCGAUGGUUUGCUCGAUGGAUGUCCUGAACCUGAACAAAAAGAAGAUGAUGUCGAAGGAGAUGUGCUAGAAGUUCGAGGCGAUCAAAAUGAGAAAGACGAAGAUGAGCAGGAUUGCGAAGAAACGGAAAAUGAUGCUGAUGACACGGGAGAAGAGGAGUUAGGUGAGGACGAAGAUAUAACUGAGGAUGAAGAUGGUGAUGAGUCUGAGGAGGCUGACGUCGAAGAGGAUGUUGAUCUCUCCGAACAAGUAGCUGACGAAAAUGGCGGGACCGUAGCCAUGGAUGUUGACCCAUCCCUGCAAAAGAAUUUCCCUAGCGCCACCACAGAUAAUGCCUCGCGUACCUCGGCGUCUCCUCUAAGACUACUUUGA